UCUAGAAAAGUUGCAAGAUGUUAGGCUGCUCCUUUAAGUUUUUAAUAUUAGUUAUAAGCCUUGUGAUCCUUUGUCAGGGUGAGAAUUACUGUAGGAAGGACCUCUGUCCUGAAGGAACCACUCAUAUUGCGUGUCCUUUGAACGAAUCCUUUGGCCCCGCCUGUUCCAAAAAUGCCUCCGUGGUUAAAAUCAAUCAAAAUGAUAUUAAUGCACUCAUCAACGCCCAAAAUUUGGUAAGACAGAAAUGGGCCAGUGGCAAGGCGAAGAUACCAAGAAUCGCCUGCAAAAUGGCCACAGUUGAAUGGAACGAGGACUUGGCAAAGUUGGCAGAACUCAAUGCCAAAGGAUGUGUUAUGAAGCAUGAUAAUUGCCGCAAUACCGAAAAGUUUCGGCUAUCCGGACAGAAUCUAAUGAAUGUGGGAUUCUGGCAAUCUAAUGGGGCUCAAAUGCAGAUAACAGCAAAGGAACUCUUCGAAUUAGCAGUUCACAAUUGGGCAGCCGAGGAAAAACACAUCACAGCCGCUGACCUGAAUAUAUUUCCCAAAAACAAUCCGCUAACGAUUGGACAUCUGACCGCUUUGAUUAACGAACAAAGUUAUGCUGUGGGUUGUGCCAUAGUUACCUAUAACCUGAAUGCGUUCCUCAGAUUCAAUUUGGCCUGUAAUUACGCUUAUACCAAUGUCAUAAAUCACAGUACCUACAGCGAAUGCCCCAAAGCAGGCAGUCAGUGUCCCAAGGGAUUGAGCUCGCAGUAUCCACCACUAUGUGCUUAAAUUAAAUGUUUUUGGAGGAUUUGUACACGAAUCGAUGUCAUGAAGUUCCAUCAAAUAAAUGGUUUUGUUAAGACGUCAA